AUGUCCCUGAAAUUGCAGGAAGAAGUUGCCUUUGAUUAUACUGCAUGGGGGACCGGGAUUGCCUUCGCGAUCGGCUGUGGAAAGUCCUACCUUGCGAGUGGAGACACAGCCCCGCCGGCAGAGGACUAUUCAUUGGACCUAUUUCUAAAUGAGCUGAGGGCUGUGAAGAGCGCUCUGGGCCUGGAGCGGUGCCAUGUCUUGGGCCAUGGCUGGGGCGGAAUGCUGGCACUGACCGCCCUCAGCAGGGCUACCGAAGAGGAGAAACAGGCCGUGGCAUCUCUGUCGCUAGCGUCUGUGCCACCCUCUUACAAGCAGCUUAUUCAGGACAGGCAAAAACGGGCUCGUGAGCUUCCAGGGAAGCUGCGCGAUGCACUGGUGGGGGAUGCACCAGCGGACUUGAAGGCCACAGCGCUGAAUGAGUACCGUCGCCGAUUCAUCACCAGCAGGCCAGACGCCGGCUGCUUGAAUGUGGCGAGCGCUGGACAGUCUGUAGUUGUGCAUACAGCCAUGAUCGGCCCUGACCAAUAUCAGGUGGGCGGCCUGUUGAAGGACUGGGCAGCGGCUGACUUGCUGUCAUCGGUGCAUUUGCCGCCAACCAUGGUCCUGCGAGGGGAGGAUGAGGAGUUGUACAGCAGUUCUGUGGACAGCCUAGUGCAAAGUCUCCCCUCCAUUGUGACCGUGAAGAGCUUUGCGGGCGCUGGUAGCUAUGCACACAUUGAUGCAUGGGAGCCGUACUUGGAGAGCCUGAAUACCUUCAUGAGCGAUCAUGACUGA